AUGGGGCCCCUGUGUCCUUGCCCAAACUCAAAAAAGCCUAUGAAAAAGGUACCAGGGGCAUCUCAUGGGGCCCCCUACUGACCCCGGGCCCUUGACAAUAGGGGAUCAUGGGACCCCUGUGUCCUUGCCCAAACUCAAAAAAGCCUAUGAAAAAGGUACCAGGGGCAUCUCAUGGGGCCCCCUACUGACCCCAGGCCCUCGGGCAGUGCCCGAGUUUCCAAAUGGUCAGUCCGCCCCUGCCCUAGACCUCAAAUUUUGGCUA